AUCAACCAAACUUCUCUCUCCUCCUCAAACAGUUAUGGCAGCUACUAGUUUCGCUUCGCUCUCUUUUUACUUCUGCAUUUUGCUCUUGUGCCAUAGCUCCAUGGCACAACUGUUUGGCAUGAGCUUUAACCCAUGGCAAAGCUCUCACCAAGGGGGUUUCAGAGAGUGUACAUUCAAUAGGCUACAAGCAUCUACACCACUUCGUCAAGUGAGGUCACAAGCAGGCCUGACCGAGUAUUUUGAUGAGGAAAAUGAGCAAUUUCGUUGUACUGGUGUAUUUGCCAUCCGUCGUGUAAUCGAACCUCGUGGUUAUUUGUUACCGCGAUACCACAACACUCAUGGAUUAGUCUACAUCAUCCAAGGAAGUGGUUUCACCGGACUGUCUUUUCCUGGAUGCCCAGAGACAUUCCAGAAACAGUUUCAAAAAUAUGGGCAAUCACAAUCCGUACAGGGUCAAAGCCAAAGCCAAAAGUUUAAAGAUGAGCACCAAAAAGUUCACCGUUUCAGACAAGGAGAUGUCAUUGCAUUACCGGCAGGCAUUGUACAUUGGUUCUACAAUGACGGUGAUGCGCCAAUUGUGGCUAUCUAUGUUUUCGACGUAAACAACUAUGCUAAUCAACUUGAGCCUAGGCAUAAGGAAUUUUUGUUCGCUGGCAACUAUAGGAGUUCGCAACUUCACUCUAGUCAAAACAUAUUCAGUGGUUUCGAUGUUCGAUUGCUUGCUGAGGCCUUGGGUACAAGUGGAAAAAUAGCGCAAAGGCUUCAAAGUCAAAAUGAUGACAUAAUUCAUGUGAAUCAUACCCUUAAAUUUCUGAAGCCUGUUUUUACACAACAGCGAGAGCCAGAAUCCACCCACACACUCAAUAUGAGGAAGGGCAAUCUCAGGCAAAACACUCUCAGGAAGAGCAACCUCAAAUGGGGCAGUCACAGGAAGAGCAACCUCAAAUGGGGCAGUCACAGGGAGAGCAGCCUCAAAUGGGGCAGUCUCAGGCAAAGCACUCAGGGAGAGCAACCUCAAAUGGGGUGGUCUCAGGCAAAGCACUCUCAGGGAGACCAGCCUGAAGAAGGGCAGGGAGGGCAAUCUCAAGAAGAACAAUCUCAGGCAGGGCCAUAUCCGGGAUGUCAACCUCAUGCAGGGCAAUCUCAUGCAUCACAAUCAACUUAUGGUGGUUGGAAUGGUUUAGAGGAGAACUUUUGUGAUCAUAAGCUAAGUGUGAACAUCGACGAUCCCAGUCGUGCUGACAUAUACAAUCCGCGUGCCGGUACGAUAACCCGUCUCAACUCCCAAACGUUCCCCAUCCUUAACAUCGUGCAAAUGAGUGCUACAAGAGUACAUCUCUACCAGAACGCCAUUAUUUCACCAUUAUGGAACAUUAAUGCCCAUAGUGUGAUGUACAUGAUCCAAGGACAUAUCUGGGUUCAGGUUGUCAAUGACCAUGGUCGAAAUGUGUUCAAUGACCUUCUUAGCCCGGGGCAACUAUUAAUCAUACCACAGAACUAUGUUGUUCUGAAGAAGGCACAACGUGAUGGAAGCAAGUACAUUGAAUUCAAGACUAAUGCGAACUCCAUGGUUAGUCACAUCGCAGGAAAGAACUCAAUUCUCGGCGCCUUGCCCGUUGAUGUCAUCGCCAAUGCAUACGGCAUCUCUAGGACAGAAGCUCGAAGCCUCAAAUUUAGCAGGGAAGAGGAGCUGGGAGUAUUCGCUCCUAAAUUCAGUCAAAGUAUCUUCCGUAGUUUUCCUAACGGCGAAGAAGUGUCGUCUUAAGAGCGCAUGAGAUAAUGUCAAAACUAGCUCAUGGACUAAAAUAAACACAUCAUUGAGUGUGUAGCACUUUGAUGUUUCCAUAUAUGGUCGUCUCAAUAAGAUGUCAACAAAGGUCCAUUGUGUUUCA